AUGCUUCGGUGCUUUGAAACUGCACACUUUCUACCUUUUUCUUUUUGUUUUUUUCUCCUUUUUUUCUUUGUUUCCAUCCUUCCUUCCUUAAUUCUUUCCUCCUUCCUUCAUUCAUUCCUCCCUUCCUUAAUUCCUCUUUCCUUCCUUAAUUUUUCUUUCUUCCUUUCCUUUACUCCCUUAAUUCCUCCUUCCUUCCUGCAUUUAUUUUUUCCACUCUUUCUUCCUUCCUUUUUCUUUCAUUUUUUCCUUCCUUCCUUCUCUUUUCCUUCCUUCCUUCCUUCCUUCCUUCCUUCCUUCCUUCCUUCCUUCCUUCCUUCUCUUUUCCUUCCUUCCUUCCUUCCUUCUCUUUUCCAUCCUUCCUUCCGACUUUCCUUCUUUCCGUUUUCUUUCCUUCCUUCCUUUUUCUUUCGUUUUCCUUCCUUCUUUUUCCUUCCUUUCAACUUUCCUUCCUUACGUUUUCUUUCAUGUUUUCUUUCCUUCCUUCCUUUUUCUUUCGUUUUCCUUCCUUCCUUCUCUUUUCCUUCCUUCCGUUUUCUUUCAUGUUUUCUUUCCUUCCUUCCUUUUUCUUUCGUUUUCUUUCUUUCCUUCCUUCCUUCUUUUUCCUUCCUUCCUUCUCUUUUCCUUCCUUCUGACUUUCCUUCCUUCUGUUUUCUUUCAUGUUUUCUUUCCUUCCUUUCUUUUUCUUUCCUUUUCCUUCCUUCGUUUUUCUUUCCUUUUCCUUCCUUCCUUCUCUUUUCCUUCUUUCCGACUUUCCUUCCUUCCGUUUUCUUUUAUUGUUUUAUUUCUUCCUUCCUUUUUCUUUCAUUUUCCUUCCUUCCUUCCUUUUUCUUUCUUCCUUUCAUUCCUCCCUGCAUCAUUUUAUACUUCCUUUCUUUUCCUUUGAUAUUUUCCUUUCUUCUCUUUUCCUUCGUUUGUUCUUUUCUUCCUUCCUCUUUUUUCUGA